AUGCCUCGCACAGACGAAGCCGCCGCCUUUUUCCACGCCGUCUACUCUGCCAUUAGCGAGAUUCCCCACGGCCGAGUCACCUCUUACGGCCACAUUGCCGCCUUGAUUGGCACUCCACAGCGACCUCGUCAAGUCGGCGUCUGCCUCAAGCACCUCCCCGACGACCCCUCGGCGCGGUGGAACCACGCGACGGUGCCGUGGCAGCGCGUCGUCAAUGCCCGCGGCGUCAUCUCCCCGCGGAACCACCCGACGGCCGUGCGUACGCAGGCGGAGCUGCUGCGCGACGAGGGCGUCGAGGUCGCCGCCGGCGGGCUGGGCGAGCUGAGCGUCAAUCUGGACGAGUACGGCUGGUUUCCGUCGGUGCUGCCGUCUGAGGAGCAAGCCGGCGCAGAGGUCGGGCCGGAUGUCGAGGUCAAUACAGAGUAG